UGCGUGGGGAUGCAAUUGGCUGCAGACGGUCCCUCCCUCGGGGGGGGGAGGCCGGCGGUGAGGUGCCCUGGGGAGGCUGGAGGGGGCUGACGCUGCCGGGGAGGCGAUGGGGGAAUCCCUCAGGAGCCCCAGUGGGAAAUGAGGCGGCGCUGCUGGCUGCCUGUCCCCCGCACGCUCCCGAGAGCCGCGGCUGCUCCCGCCAUCCCGCCCGCCCGCCCCGCGUCGUCGCCUCUCGCUGUCGCCCUGCUCUCCCGGAGCGGGGUCCCUUCUCCCUGGCACUACCUGGCUGGGAACGGAGCCUGACGCAUCCCGGCUGGGGCCCGGCAGAUGCCGGAGGGAGCAGCCUCAUCUCAUCGCCCUGCGCCCGUGGAAGGAGGGCAGCACUGCUCCGGACUCAGCACCUCACGCCUGGGUGGCAAGGGGCUCCUGGCAAGGCGGAUCAGCUGCUCCUGCCAUGCCCCACUUCUUGGAUUGGUUUGUGCCAGUGUAUCUGAUGAUUUCCAUUCUCAUCCUGGUGGGCUUUGGAGCUUGUAUUUACUACUUCGAGCCAGGACUCCAGGAAGCUCACAAGUGGCGAACGCAGAGGCCAAUCAUGGAACGAGACCUUAGGAAGACACUGAUGAUUCGUGACAACCUGGCCUUCGGGGUUCCUGAGGUUUGACACACUGCUCUUCAAGUCCAGAAUAGCCUCUCCUGGGUGGGCAGCAGUCCACAAGCCUCGGUAGGGGUGACAGUCCUGCUCUGUGCAAGUGAGGCUGAUCACCGUUUCUAUCUUUGCUGAUCUGGGUCUCAUACUCAUCACUCACCUUUCUGCCCCUUUGCUUCUUAGGCAAGGUCUGUGUGGCAUUGUAGACUUGGGGCUUCCCAUGUUCACAGCCCUUCACCCAGCCAAGGACUUCUGCUCCUCCCCAUGGCCGAGACUGGUGAAUCACUCAAAUGAAAGGCCCCUUAUUGACCACUUGAGUUUGACCUGCCUGGCAUGUUGAUGUGACCUUCAGUAGGAAAGGUCUCUGCAGGAGUACCAGGUUCACUGGGUUAAAUCUGACCCAAUCUGUUUAAGUCCAGGAGGUAUUUUUGGGGAAAUAAGUGGUAUUUCACCCAGGCUGUUGUUUCAGCUGAGCUCUUCAUAGCACCCAGCCUUGGUGCUGGGAUGGUAAGCUUGCUGAAGCUCUGUGCAGAGGGGCCAAGGGCUCAGCGAGCCCUAGAGGCUGAAUGUCUUUAUCCCUGCUAAAGGCACACCACUCCUCUGUGUCUGUUUGGGAGGUGGAAAACAUCCAUCCACCCUUCCAUCCAUUCCAGAUGCACUACAUUCAAAUUAAAGAUCUUUACUAAAGAGGUUUGUCUAAGUCAUGUGUCAAGCUGAGAAUAGUCUGCUGCUCUCCAUGAAGGGGUGCUGCCAGACUUACCACAUAAGCCUCUCCUGAUCUGCCUGAUCUUCUGCUCCUCUGUCGUGGAGUGAGAUGGGAUAGUCUGGUAGGUAGCUUGCACUUGUUCAGUCCCCUGCACUCCGGAGUCCUAUGGCAUGGAUGGGCUCUCCCUUAAAUGUCAUCCCAGCGAAAGCUGUGAAGCAUCCCUCGGCCCUGCAUGUCUCUGAGAAGGGACACUGAGCCUGUCAGCAAAAUGGGCUCAUUGCUUUCUGGACCCAAGCUGUAUAUAAUGUGGGUCUGGGACAAAAUCCCAUAUUUAUAGACUAUCUGCACUUUCUGCAGUGCCCUGGGGCUGAUCAGCUACCAAAGCACUGUGUGAAGGCAUGAUGCUGGGGCUAAGAGGGACGUUCACAUCUUCUCUCUCCUUGCUAGCCCUGUGCAAUGGCCAGUGUGUACAGGGAGGUUUGGGAGAGAUCUGAACCUCUGAACUCUGUGGCAGGAGAUUGUGUCAAGAGCCUCUCUUCACCUCUCCAUUCACCCCAACACACACCCUUUGGAUGCAGUAGGUGCAGUGGUGCUACCUGUGAGUGCUCUGGACAUGCCCCUGCAUGUCCUAUGGGAUGUCAGCUGGUGUCAUCGCCCCAUGUGCAUGUGUCUGCACAACCCAUGCCAUCAGCUGAGCCUACCAGUAUCAGGGUAGAUGGCAUCUUGGUAGAAGGUAGAAGCAAAAAAAUGACAACACAUCCUCAGUGUGCUCCCAGGGUGCCAGCUCUGUGCCAUAGUGCCCAGCAGCUUCUUUUGAGCAGCAAGAGUUCCUCAGGCCAUCUGUCCAAAUCUGCCACAGAUCCUAGAUGGGCUUAUGUCACUCAGCCUCUCCUGUAAACAUGUCAUGGGAAGUUUUCUCCUCCAUUCCUAAAGAAAGGAGUGCACUGGGUUGUUUGAGUGAGUGAUGCUCCAUUGGUAGUUCUCUGGGGAUGAAAGUUAAUUUUUAGCUCUAAGGGGUUUGGCUGAGAAAGGAAUGGGUCAGGACAUCCUGCAAAUUUCCUGGGUCUUUCUCGGACAUUUCAUAUACCAGAUUGCAAUUGUAUCACCAUUACCUUCUACAUCAAAAUCAGGCACACUGGCAGGAGUUUUCUGGCUGUCAAAGGACAAGUUAAGAGUCCGUCCAUUCAACCAAAACCAGAGAUCAUGAUGCAAGUACCCAAACAGGCGUGUCUUGUUCGGCAGGGGAAUGCAGUGAGUGGGAUUAUUCCUGUGCCCAAAGUUACGCUCGCCCUGGCAAGCAAAGGCACAAAACGCAGGUGCAGUCUGAAACAGGUAAAUCCCACAUAUUUUUGCUUCGUGACUUGGGGCUGUGAAAGGGAAAUGCUGGGCUGGGCUGCACAGUCUGACGUGCCACCCUCGGCUGCUUGGCUUACAUCUCCUGCCCUCUGGUGCAACACAGCCAGAUGUCCAAGCACCAGCCUGGAAACCUACUUCCUCACUUGACUCCCUCAUAGCUGGGACUGCGCUGUGAAUGGACCCCAUCUGACCCAUGGGGUAGCAAUAAAAAACUCUGUACUGGAGCUGAGGGGCUUGGAGCCGCCAGGGACAGGUUAAACCAUCCCUGUGGGAAGGGGAGUCUGGUCCCUGUGGCCUGCACCAGCAGAGGCUGCUCUGCCGUUGCACCUCCUUCAAACCUACUUUCACUUGCCAAGUCAAAAGAGAUGAGAAAACCACCAGUCUGGUGAAAAUGAAAGGCUGGAUCUGCCACAGCCGCUCUCGGCCAGCUGGCACCCGUGGUGCGAUGGGGCUCCCCAUGGGGGUACCCUCUCCCUGUCCUCCUCUGCACACUGUCCGGCCUGUUUUCACCUCCGCUCUGCCCAUGACUCGCCACCACAGAAACCAAGCAAAAAGAUGACAAGCAGAUCAGGACUGGACUAGAGGAGAAACUAGCUAUUCAUCUCUGACUUAUGUUUCGCACUGUUUACUCAUGACACAAUCAGUAUUAAGCCAGGUAUUUUCCACGGGUAUGCAGGACUUUAUUGCCAACAGUGUCAAAGCCACCCCCCCCACCCCCCCCCACACACACCCAGUGGAAUAAAAGCAUUGGACAAACUGUGUGGCC